AUGGAAAAAAUCACAGCAAGCUGUGAAAAAAGUGGUUGCCUUAGUCUUGAUGCUGUUUGUAAUAGUCAUACCGACUGUUGUGGUCAUGAUGAUCCUGAAAGCGGUCAUUGUGUUCUUUGCACUGGUAUUCUUCGGGGACUUUUUGGUGUUGGCAAUCGUACGUGUGGUUGUAGUAAAUAUUCUGUUGCUGGCACUCGUGACACCGGUACUCUGACUAAUAUUUGCGAUGGUAAAGAUCGGUCCGGUAGUCGUGUUUGUCGUACACGUGUUGCUCCUCCUGGUCAUGUAUAUUAUCGUGGCGAUGAUUACUAUUAUGGUCGUGGGAAAAAAGCUUGGUAUGUUGUUGUAAUAUAUGCAUUGUCUAUUCUAACUUAUCAUACUCCUUUUUUUAAUAGAAUGUGACGCGAACUCAUCUAUCUGCUGACAGUUGAAUGGAGUCGUCAAUCAUCAUCCGACACGAUGGGCAUUAUUAAUUAGUUAGCACUCACUCAUCUUUUCAAUGAUUGUUCCUUUUCUUUUGGGUAUGGAUGUGGGUGGGGGUGUGGGUGUGGGUGUUAGUAAACGGGAAAAGCCAAUCUACAUCCACACGCCUACACCCACACCCACACCCACCCUCCAUUCGAAAAAUAUACAAAACCACAAGCAUGCUCGACUGACACGCCUAAAUUCACCAUAUUCAGAAUAUUCAACUUCAACUACCACGGCGUUUCAAUUCAAUUACACUAAACUUGCGAAAAUAACGUCCAUAACAGUAUAGAAUCAACUUUGUUUCGAAAAAAUUCUUUGAAAUUUUAUUCGAUACCAGUGUCAUUUGAGAAGUCUCGUUGCUGAGAUACAAUAUCGAUAUCACAAGAGCUUAACACACCCACCGCACCCACACCCAACCAGAACAAUCAUAAGCGAUCCAACACAUGCACAGCACCAAUAUUGUACUGCACUCAUUGAACAUUCGAAAUACCUACGGUAUCGUGUUAACUAUUACACACUGACAUCCACACCCACCGUCAUGGUCCGGAGUAGAAUUAUUUAUUUUUUCAGUUGCAACAUUUACAAAAUGAAAAAAAUGCAUAACUUUUGUCGUGCUCUUUCGAUUACCAUAAGAUAAAACAGAACAAAAAAUUUCUUUUUCGGAAGUAUACUAUGUAAUGAUAGCUAUUUUAUGAGAUUGUGAGAUGCAUGGUGUGAACAUUUUGCAGCAUUUUACUUCUUUAUUAACUUGGAAAACGAUUAACUCAAUAAAUUCAGCUAUAUUUUCAGUAUUUUCAUAUAAAGUAUUUAUUAGGAAUGUUAAAGCAAGUAUAAAUGAUGAUUACAUGUAAAAAAAAAUAAGACUCAUAAAAAGUAAAAAACAUGAAUAUUUAUUCCAGAAAAAUAGAAAGAGAAAAAGCCUAACUAAGCAAUUAAGAAUGAAGAGACUAACUCUACUAAUGAAACCUUCACCAUGGAUUAGUAAUUUUAUGCAAAUUUGUUAUGCUGGAUUAAAACAUCGUCUUCUAAGUAUUUAAUAGUAUAUGACAGUCAUCUAAACUUAAUUAGGGUUUGUGUUCGAUAAGAUUUUCAAAUGCUAAAAAGCUCUUUGAUAAGUACAAAUGACACAAAGCCUCUUCAAGAUUAGUUUACAUUCAUAUAACAUCAAAAGUUUACCAAGAAAAGGAGUUCGGCAAAAAUAUAUGAAGAAGUAAAACGAGAGCAUGUAAUGUUCGAAGUCACUUCAUGAACGUUGAGUACAAUUUUUGAGAUGUUAAUUUUGAAAAACGUGUUCCCGUUCGUUUUGAACUCAACGAUCGUUGUUUAACACAACGCCAAAUUAUUGAUCGCAUAUCGUAUGAAUUGCCACGACAAACUACGUGUUCACAUUUAAUACACAUUUUGAAGUAAACAAUUGCAAGCAUUAUGUGGGUGAAAUCCCCAAGAAACUAAAUGUUCUUAACAAGUAACCGGUUCAAUCCAUACCCAACACUUCAAACAAAACUAAAUUUUGCGAUUUAAUUACCAGUCACAUGAUAAACGAAUACCAGCAACAAUCUUUUCUGGCAUGUAUACUGUUAACUGUGAAGCAAAACUGAUGUCGUUAUUAUGAGGAGACGAAUCCUCAAGAAAAUGAAUCAACUUAAUAAUAACUCUGUUCAAGUAUAUGAUUCAUUUUCAACCAAUGGUUGUUUGUUACUGAAGCAGAACAGCUCAUAUACAAAGUGAACAUUUUUGAUAAAACAUCUGUUCAAAAAGAACUUCUUGAGAAUAAAGCUCAGAGCAUCGUUUACUCAUUGAAUAAUGAAUACGUCAGAAGUGACUAGUCUUAAUUAGAGCUUUCUUCAACCAAAUAACUCAUCAAGAAUGCAAUGCAAAACUUUAUGAUGUAGUUCUAGAUCACACAGUCGAUGAAUCAUUCCAAACAUAGCUUUGUUCAAUAAUAUCGAAGAUUCUGAAGAAAAAGUAUGCCCUGACUAAUACUAUCGCAUAUCACUUUAGCAACGAACUACACGAAUUAGUAGAUUUCUAUGCGUAUAUAUAGUUCUCAUUCCAUCACAAAUAUAAUAAAACAUUCUACGCUGAAAGUUUACACAAAACAGACACAUAGCUACUACAAUACAUCUAUUCAUUUUCUGGCAUGUCAAAGCUAAAACUACCUACAAACAUAGCGUUAAAAUAUCACAUUAUGAGUGAAUCAUUCAAACCAUCUCCUUAUUCAACGAUUACACUCCCUGGAAAUAGAUGGAAGUAGUGCAAAACACUGAACAAUUCCAGGCAGAUGAAUUAUUCUAAACAAGGUCGUAUUCAAUUAUUUUACUCUUCACGAGCCGAUCGCAGUGAGAAACAAGACUGAGUAAUGCAUGUCAGGUGACAUGUUCCAAACAAGCUCGUAUGCAAUUAUCUUACUCUUAACGAAUCGAUGAAAGCAGAAUAGAAGAUUGAAAAAUGCACGACAGAUGAAUUAGCCUAACUAAGGUCGUAUUCAAUUAUCUUAUUUCCAAGCAGUAGAUGAAACUAGAAAAGAGGACUGAAUAAUGCAUGGCAGAUGAAUUACCAUGAGCAGCAUCGUAUUCGAUUAUCUUACUCUCAACGAAUCGAUGAAAGUAGAAUAGAACAUUGAAUAAUGCAUGACGGGGUGUGGGUGUGGGUGUGGGUGUGGGUGUGGGUGUGGGUGUGGGUGUGGGUGUGGGGU